AUGAGCGAUAACAGCAAGAAGUCGUGGCCGGAGGUGGAGGGCCUGCCGUCCGAGGCGGCCAAGCACAAGAUUCUGGCCGACCGCCCGGACGUGCAGGUGGUGGUUCUGCCCGACGGCUCCGUCGUGACCACUGAUUUCAACGACAAGCGCGUCCGAGUCUUCGUCGACAAGGCCGACAACGUCGCCAAGGUCCCCAAGAUCGGCUAG